AUGGUUCAACAAAGAAAACUCGAUCUUAAUACUCCAUUGGAUAGUAAUACUAACCCAACUUUAGAAAAAGUUCCUUUAACACCUGAUUUAAUCGAAGCUGCUUUGGUAUUACAUGGUGAUUACUAUAGUCAAUCUCAAACCAAUUUGAAUAAAUAUAUAUUUUGGCAUCCAAUUCCAUUAUCCAUCUAUUCCAUUGUGUUUCCUAUUGUUAUUUGUUAUCAAUUAUGGGAUUUUAUCAUUAUUUCUGAUUCAGUAUUUGAAUUUCUUAGUUUCUUUGGUAGAACUAAAGAUAUCUAUUUUGGAUUAAUUGCAGUUUCCCCAGCUAUUAUUAUUGUAUUUGGUGUAAUUGGUUUGAUUGCUUAUUUACUUUCCGAUGAUAUUAAAACUGUUUGUGAUAAUUUACCAAGACAACAAUAUGCUAAACAAAUCUUUGGCUUUGAUAUUAAAUUAUUUUCAUGGUUAGAUCCAACCGUAAAUAAAGCUGAAGAUGAUAUUGAAUUAUUAGAAAAGGGGAACAAUACUCAAUUUAUAAUUUAUCGUGAAUCCCCAAUUGCAGUAUGUUCAUUAAAUCCUGAUUAUGAACAUUCCACCAAGGAACAAUUUAUCAUAAAUCUUACUGGAUUACAAGUUAGAAGAGUUUUUCAAAAAGUUGAUUUUGAAGAUUUAUUAUUAGAUUGGGCUAUUACAAGAUCAAGAGAAUUAUUUCAAAUUUACGCUAGAGAUCAAAAACUUAAAAAUUAUGAAGAAAAUGUUAAAAUCAUUAUAAAUACAAAAGCAUAUGUGUUUAAUAAUAAUCAAUUAGAAAUCUUAUCUAAAAAGGGAUUUGUGGAAACUUCUCAAUCCAUUGAAUUAAAUCCUUUUGUCCCAAGUAAAUAUAAUACCAUUACCACUUUUCUUCAUACUAAGUUAAAUAUUGGAAUUAAAACUUUAUCAUUAACCAUUGUUCCAACUAAAGAAGAUGAAGAAUUAAUCAAAGAUUCAAUUAAACCAGUUACAACUACCACUACUACUGGUAGAGCAAGCACUAGAAAGAGAAAGUAA